UUGGGGAGGAAGGAGGAGAAAAACCGAAGAGCUGGGGCUGGAGAGGAAAUGAGCAGCACUUGAGCGAAGCCUCUAACUCCUCUGUGCGCUCUGGGUUGUCAUUUUUUUUUUUCUUCCCCUGCCCCCCUCCCCCUGACUCCGAGCUCUGAAAAGCCAGGCCUUGCGGGAGUCUGUCCAGAGUUGCAAAGUGACCUGGUCCUCCUCCGGGUGCAGCUCGUUCCCUCCCGCCGCCCACCUUCCUCGUUUGUGCACUCGUUUUAGCGACGCAGCCGCCGCUGCCACCUACCCCGCGUUCCCGCGUCUCCUCGGCGCUGGGGUCUCCCUCUUUUGAUAACUUCCUGAAGAAUGAAUUAAGGGAAGAGGACACACUCAUCAGCAUGGAGAGACAUUUGCCAGUUUCCAAGAUGCAGAACUCAUCCUCACUGUUGGAAAAGCAAACCAGCCCAGCAAAUGGGAAUGGGGAUCUUGAUUCAGAGGAAGGAUCCAGCCUGGAGGAGAACGGCUUUAGCUGGGGAGACUAUUUGGAAGAGACGGGCACCAGGGCCGUGCCACACUCAUCCUUCAGGCAUGUGGAAAUCAGCAUUCAGAGUAACUUCCAGCCAGGAAUGAAGUUGGAGGUGGCCAACAAGAACAACCCAGACACUUACUGGGUGGCCACGAUCAUCACCACCUGUGGACAGCUGCUGCUUCUGCGCUACUGUGGUUAUGGGGAGGACCGCAGGGCUGACUUCUGGUGUGACGUGAUCAUAGCGGAUCUGCACCCUGUGGGGUGGUGCACACAGAACAACAAAGUGUUGAUGCCCCCGGAUGCAAUCAAAGAGAAGUAUUCAGACUGGACAGAGUUCCUCAUACGUGAUUUGACUGGCUCUCGGACAGCCCCCGCAAGUCUUCUGGAAGGUCCUCUGCGAGGGAAAGGCCCUAUAGACCUCAUUACAGUUGAUUCCUUAAUAGAGCUUCAGGACUCUCAGAACCCCUUUCAGUACUGGAUAGUUAGUGUGAUUGAAAAUGUCGGAGGAAGAUUACGCCUUCGCUAUGUGGGAUUGGAGGACACUGAAUCCUAUGACCAGUGGUUGUUUUACUUGGAUUACAGACUUCGACCAGUUGGUUGGUGUCAAGAGAAUAAAUACAGAAUGGAUCCACCUUCAGAACUCUAUCCUCUGAAGAUGACUUCCGAAUGGAAAUGUGCUCUGGAAAAAUCCCUAAUGGUUGCUGCAGAGUCUCCCCUUCCAAUGGAAGUAUUUAAGGACCAUGCAGACCUGCGAAGCCAUUUCUUCACGGUUGGGAUGAAGCUGGAGACAGUGAAUAUGAGUGAGCCCUUUCAUAUCUGUCCUGCAUCAGUGACCAAGGUUUUUAACAGUCAUUUUUUCCAAGUAACUAUUGAUGAUCUAAGACCUGAACCUAAUAAACUCUCAAUGCUGUGCCAUGCAGACUCUUUGGGGAUUUUGCCAGUACAGUGGUGCCUUAAAAAUGGAGUCAACCUCACUCCUCCCAAAGGUUACUCUGGUCAGGACUUUGACUGGGCGGAUUAUCACAAGCAGCACGGGGCAGAAGAAGCACCGCCUUUCUGCUUCAGAAAUGCAUCACUCAGUCGGGGCUUCACAAAGAACAUGAAGCUUGAAGCAGUGAACCCCAGGAACCCAGCAGAGGUGUGUGUGGCCUCUGUGGUCAGUGUGAAAGGGCGGUUGUUAUGGCUCCAUUUAGAAGGUCUGCAGACAUCAAUUCCAGAGGUCAUUGUGGACAUGGAUUCCAUGGAUAUCUUCCCUGUGGGCUGGUGUGAAGCGAAUUCUUAUCCUUUGACCACACCCCACAAAACAGCCUUAGAAAAGAAGAGGAAAAUUGCAGUUGUACAGCCGGAAAAACAAUUGUCAUCCACAGUGCCUGUUGAGAAAAUACCUCAUGACGUUUGCUUAUUCCCUCGUACGGACACUGCAGCAGGAACUGUCAACGGGAAGUACUGCUGCCCGAGGCUGUUCGUCAACCACCGGUGUUUCUCAGGCCCGUUCCUGAACAAAGGGAGGAUUGCAGAGCUACCUCAGUCGGUGGGGCCUGGCAAGUGUGUACUGGUGCUUAAAGAGGUCCUCAGCAUGAUAAUCAACGCAGCCUACAAGCCCGGGAGGGUACUGAGAGAGCUGCAGCUGGUGGAAGAUCCACACUGGAAUUUCCAGGAGGAGAUGCUCAAGGCAAAGUACAGGGGCAAAACAUACAGGGCUGUGGUCAAGAUCGUACGGACAUCGGACCAAGUAUCAAAUUUCUGCCGGCGUGUUUGUGCCAAGCUGGAGUGCUGUCCAAACUUAUUUAGUCCUGUGUUGAUUUCUGAAAACUGCCCAGAGAACUGUUCCAUCCACACCAAAACCAAAUACACCUAUUAUUAUGGAAAAAGAAAGAAGAUCGUGAAACCCCCGAUUGGAGAAAGCAACGUUGACGGUGGACAUCCAAAGCCAGCCAGGAGGAGGAAAAGGCGAAAAUCUAUCUUCGUGCAGAAGAGACGGAGGUCUUCUGCGGUGGACUUCCCAGUGGGCUCGGGGGAGGAAAGUGAAGAGGAGGAUGCGGAUGCCCUGGAGGAUGACACUGCAAGUGAGGAAACUAGUUCCGAGGUCCGGGAUGACCAUACCGACACCUCCUCAGCAGAGGUGCCCUCUGCCCGGCCCCGGCGGGCUGUGACCCUGAGGAGCAGCUCAGAGGCUGUGAAGAAGCCUCCGGUGGAGAGGCCACGAAGGGUCCGCCCAGUGCCGACGGCUGCUUCUCCCAAUGAAGGAGACAAGGGUCCUCCCGCCAGGGCUGAGGAACCACAGGAAACAAAGCAAGAGGAGGAGGAAAGGCUGAUUCUUGAGAGCAAUCCACUGGAGUGGACAGUCACAGAUGUGGUACGAUUCAUUAAGCUGACAGACUGUGCGCCCUUGGCCAAGAUCUUUCAGGAGCAGGACAUCGACGGCCAGGCACUCCUCCUGCUCACUCUUCCCACCGUGCAGGAGUGCAUGGAGCUGAAGCUGGGACCCGCUAUCAAGUUAUGCCAUCAGAUUGAGAGAGUCAAGGUGGCCUUCUAUGCCCAGUAUGCCAACUAAGUCAGGUGGCACCUGAUUCUGAUGAUGCUGUGUUUGUUGUGAAGGUUUCCAGGACUGAGAUCUUUAUUUUCUGGGCUUUGUGAAAUGGCACAUUCACCGAGGAUCCCCAAAAAGCCAGAAUCCAGGACCUCCUUCAUGCACCAGCCUAUUUGAUUGCCCUCUGAUUUUAAAGCACACAGAAGUACCAGCCACAGCUGCAGCAGCUUCUAGGAGUUCAGUGAAAGUUCUGAGACAGACCAUUCCCCACUCUGGACUUGCUUCUUGAUCGCCAAGUUUCUUUUUUUACAUUUUUUUCUUUUUUUACUCCCACCCAAACCAGGCAGCUUCCUGUAAGCCAGGUUUCCUUACACUGAGGCCCAGGUUCUUGGAAAACCAAGAUGGACUGAGUGUCUCUGAGAAGAACACCCGACUUGCUGACAGUUUCGCCUGACUCACUCACUCUGAGGCUCCUUUACAGCUGUAUCUGUCACACACAUGCAAACUACUGUGGUUCACAGUUGCCUAUUACCCCAUUUGAUCUUACUGACAGCUCCUUUCUCCAACACAGUUGUGGGCUCUGUUUCAGGAUGCUGGUGUAAAAGGAUGUGCUAAGCGUUGGUGGCCUCUGUCAGAGGUGCCGACGAGUAUGGCGGCUUACAGUGAGACAGCUUUGUAAGCAGAACCUAGAGCAUUUGUAGUGGCAGACAGUCUCUGUAGUCUCCUGCAGAACCAUAGCUUCAGUGUUCUAAGAUCACUGUAACCCAGUCAGGAGGAAGAUACUUUAGGGAAGUAUUGAAUUCUGCACUGAAGAAAAAGCUUUCAGGGGCAAACAUAGGAAGAGAUUUAGGGGAAGUGUUUGUGAACUCGCCGUGUCCACUUAGAAAUGUUAACAGAGCUGGUCACUGCAAACAAGUCCUUCUGAGCCUCUCUUCUGCUGGUGCCUGGCUUGCCACAUGUAAAGCAAGCAUGAGGAAGCAGUAUUCCCUAGCAUAAUAGAGCGGAACAAAUACUGGAUCUGGACCCAGCUGGUUUCCAUCCUGACCUUGCUAGUGGCUAACUCCAUGUCCUUGAAUAACUCCCCACCACUCUGGACCCAAGAUCCCAUUAAAGGAGAAGUUAGGACACUUAGCACGUAGGCAUUUGGUAUACUGUCUCCCUUAGCCUUCUCCUCAUGCCUGCUAUGGAGGAGUCCAGGUAGACCAAAAUGAGAACAAGAAUGUAGCCACAGAGUUUAACCCUCCAAGUCCCGCUUUUCACUCUCUUUGAGGUUGCAUAAGAAAUUUCCCUAAGUCAUUUGUAGAACAAUCAGUGAUUAUAAAUUUCGGCUCAUCUUUUAUACCCAGCACUUCAUCUGUGUUCUCAUGACCAUGUCAGGUGCGCUUGCAAAGCCCACGGGACUGAAGUACAUUAUCACGUGGAGGUCACCUCUGUGUCUUUUUAAAGCCGUGCAGGAAAAGCAAACUUUUACUCUGUUUAGGAGUGCCCACUUAACUUUACACUCAUACCAGCUUUGUUGUUUUUGUGAUUUUUCGUGAUUUGUCAUGAUUGUGUUCAUUUUUCUCUUUGACUGUAAUCUGAACCAUCCCAGAACAUGGUGUGACAAGCUGAUGACUGCUUGUAUGUGGGCAGUAUCUUAAGGCAUGGUAGUCUGUCAGGCUUUGGAAGCUGUGAUUGCUUAUGCUAACCAUUCCUAACAUUGUGCCGUUGUUGCUGGUGGAAUCGGAAAACAAAUGAUUUGUUGUUGAGACUCCUUCAUUUUCCCUGAGGCUGGUUUUCUAUGGUUACGCUGUAGACAUUUGGUGAAUGGUUAUGGACAACUGGUGGUCAGACUGUGUCCUGGGUGGAGCUAAGGAAGGGGCCGCCCCUGCUGGUGCCCGUGUGGUUGGCUUGCAGUUGGAUAUCUCUCUUCUAAGCUACAUGUCAUACCUUCCUGGUGGAGCUGCCUUCUCAACCACAUGCUUUUGGCCACAAAUGCUUAAUCUAUCGCUUGGAAAGGGUAUCUAUUUCAAGAUGAGUAGCAUUUCUACUGUGCUGAUUCCUUCCUGAUCCUUCACUUUGGCCUUUUGUAGAUGAGAUAUUUCUUCUGCAUCUGAAAGCAGGAUGCAGCUAUGGCAUUGCUAGAACACAGUGUGAUUUGAGAACAGAUGCCACCUUCUCGUGCCUUUUCCAGUAAUGACACAGAGGAGGAGGCAUUACUUUAGAACACGGGGAUUUCCUAGAGGUCUGCUGAGCCCACAGAAAGAGGCAGAAGAACAUUAACAGAAAAGCCAGUCAAGAGUAUGACCACCAUUGGUCAAAAACCCUUCUUCCUAUGGAACCAAAUGUCCCAGCUGCUCCUUAUGCCUCAGCCUUGAAGUCUAACAUCGGUCUCUCUCUGAACAGUGUCAGUCCCUUCAGUAUUACUUGUGAUCUUCAGCUUUGGCCAGGAAAAAUGACAGUAAUUCUUCCAGAAGAGUGCCCAGCCAGGGGCCAGCCUCAUCAUAGUGGCUGUCAAUGUGCAGUCAGCCCAUCCCUCCAGCAGACUUGAGAAGUAUUUCAGGACCAAAGAGGAUGGUUUUCCUCUGAGAGGUGCCAGUGUCCCCAGAGCUUUGAUCCAGGAUGGUGUGCUCAUUAUGUGGACAGCAAUUUUGUCACCAGCUUGUAAAGUGGGUUUUGUUCUCUCUAGGCUCACACCUCACCUGCCUCUGUCUUAAACAUAGGGCUGCUUUCCAAGGAACAGUUGGAAAAUACCUGAAUAUUUUCCAAUAAAAAUAAAUGGAUAUUAUAUACAUACUCCAAUAUCACCACAGCCUGUACAGCAAAAAAUAUUCUGGUCAGAAUACCAUCAUGUGAUGCCCUCCCCUCAUUCCUUCCUGUCUAGUAUCAUUUCAUUAUCUCUUCGAUUAUCUUCUGGUACCAAAGUCCUCUCCUUCAUGUAUCUAACAUCUUGGGUGCACCACACCGCUCAUUGCCUCCUGUAACCAGCCAAGCAGACAUCUCACAGUCUGUGCCAUAUAACUGAGGAAAGGAAACUCCACCUCAACUUAAAUAAUGACAGUCUGUCAUUUAUGCCCACCCUAAAGUUUAGGGAGUUAGUUUCAGCCCCCAACUUCUGGCCUUCAUUUGUACUCUGUUGUAAAAAUAAUACAUAUAUCCUGGCCACAAAAUAAGACAUACCCUCAUCAAAGCAGAGUACACUGGCAUCUCAUACCCGUGCUAUCAAACAACAGUGUUCUUCACCAGUGUCUAAUCUAGAGCGCAGAGAACUGGUCUGUCACUUUUAAAAUGGGAUGCCUUUGAUCAGUCUGACUCACAGACAGACAGCAUUUGAGCUCUACAGCUAUCUGAGUCCCUAGACCGUAUUUGAUCAUAUUCAAAGGAUCGUUUCUUCUGUUUGCUUUGAUUUGGUCCUCAAUAAAUUAAAAUGGUCCACACCCUAACACUACCACAUCUGACCAUUAUUGCCAUCUUUGAAUGGUUCCUUUUGAUCAGCCUUUUGAACAUGGGUCCGUCCUAAUCUGUCUCGUAGAAUUUUGCGUUUUGUUUGAGGCAAAUACUGUCUGUUUUCUGUCUUAUACCAAACACCAUUUCCUGAGAGUGGUCCCUUAGUUUUGGAAGCACUCGGGGGUUUCAUAGUUAUUUUAUAUAACACCCAUUUAUAUUUAUUUCUGUAUAUAGAAAUAGAACAAAACAAUAGGAAGAUCUUUGUUGUGGUUUGCUGCGUUUGGGUUAAGAUAGUGAAUCUAGGCUCCAAGAACUCUCUGUUCUGCCUUUAGAGAGCUAUGAUUGAGUGUGCAAUUAUUUGAAAGGAGAAAAUGUAAAUUAAGAUAUCUGUAGUGUUUAUGGAAGAAGUCUCUGGGGACAUCUGCUUGUGUCUUUUUGGUGCAAUAAUUAAAUAGCACAGAGAAGCUGAAAUGGCAACCAUACAAUCUAAUGAUUCUCAUACUUGCUUACUAUUCCUUUCUGUUCACAAAUAUCCUCAAGAUUAUUCUCUCUUUAAUUGGAUUAACUUUUCAAGUUGAUUAAUUCUCAUAGCUUUUAAAACUAGGGUGGUUUACAGGUAUCCAAAACAUGCUAUUACAAAAUAAAAUUGUGGUGUAUGUGGCCCAUAUAAUUUACCGAAAAACUUGUGAUUGCUGUCCUGCCUGGUCUCCUUGGGUUUUUUUGUUUAAAAGGCUUUGUGGUUUAAAUGAUGAAUAAUGAUUCAGUUUUCUGAACUUCAGACUUCCUUGUUCAGUUUUCUUUUGAUGACUAGGACCAGUGAGGGUGUAGGUCAUGUCACAGAACCAAGGCAGAGCAGUGCUUUGGUUAGGACAAAGAGGAACACUGAAGAAGGAAAGUUCUAGAACAAUCUUUUGCUAAAAAUUACUUUAUGACGAAAACUGAUAGGAAGGGUUUUUUUUUUUAAUAAUAGAAAAAGCAAACAUCUUAUCUGUCAUUCAGAAUGCAAGCUAACAUGAUCUCUGUAAGCAGAGAGGCCCCUGGUCACUAAUGGUGAGAGCCCUUUAACUUUCAUGUUCUACGUUGAGAAGUUUGUAUUGAAAUUUGGUUCAUAUCUUGUGUAUGUUUUGGUGCAUAAAAGAGAAAAAAUCAAUGUCUUUACUUUUGAAAUUUAAAGGACAAAGGGCAUGCUCUCAGUUUGCUGUAAGAUUGUAUUCUGUAUAUAUGUUUCCAUGUACAUAAAUGAAAAUAUAUAUCAGAGUUAUAUUUUAAUUUUUAUUCUAAAUGGAAAAAAAACCCUUUUUACUUGAAAACAUGGUAAACCACAUUGUUAAUAAAUAAAAAUAAAUUCUA